UUGGGCCAUUCACGUAUAUGCCUCGUUAGAAACUUCUCUAAAUGUGCAAAUGGCAGCAUAUCUUUAUAUUGUUUUACUUAGUGCCACGCAGACAUGGACUUGAAAGACGUGGUUCAUUGGAGUUACAUUCAGCGCUUUUUGAUGAAAUCGAUAAUAUACUAUCGGAAAUAGAAGCAAAUCAUAGGGCGCUUCGCAUUCAUCGGCAGUCAUGUAACAAAAGCUUAAUUCAAGUAAAUGGUCUGGCCAACGGUACCUCUUUACUGAAGAGCACAGAAAAGCAGUUACUUUCCUUGAUACUACUCUUUAAAACUGGCUGUCCAAAUGAAUAUCAUCGGAUUAUUCCAAAAGUUCGCUCGCCAUACGAGUAUAAGUCAUUUCAUUUUGCCUAUAUACCAGAAGAUGGACCUCCUCCACCACGUACACCCCCACCUCCACCACCACCACCUCCUGUGCCUAUAACUACUACUAGUACAAUUGCUACUACUACUGCUUCUACUACUACCGUUCCUACUACAAUGCCUACUACUACUACUACCAUUCGUACUACUACUUACUACUCCUACUAUUCCUACUACUACUACUACUCCUACUAUUCCUACUACUACUACUACUACGACUACUAA